CCCCGCGGGCACCAUGAGCCCCCUGCUCCGCCGCCUGCUGCUCCUCGCGCUCCUGCAGCUGGCCCCCGCCCAGGUCUCUCCUCUCCCACAGGCCCCUGUCUCACAGCCUGAGGCCCCUGGUCACCAGAAGAAAGUGGUGUCAUGGAUAGACGUGUACGCGCGUGCCACCUGUCAGCCACGGGAGGUGGUGGUGCCCCUGACUGUGGAGUUCAUGGGCACCAUGGCCAAGCAACUGGUGCCCAGCUGCGUCACCUUACAGCGCUGCGGUGGCUGCUGUCCCGACGACGGCCUAGAGUGUGUGCCCACUGGGCAGCACCAGGUCCGAAUGCAGAUUCUCAUGAUCCGGUACCCAAGCAGUCAGCUGGGGGAGAUGUCCCUGGAAGAACACAGCCAAUGUGAAUGCAGACCAAAAAAAAAAGAAAGUGCUGUGAAGUCAGACAGGGCUUCCACUCCCCGUCACCGUCCCCAGCCCCGCUCUGUUCCGGGCUGGGACUCUGCCCCCGGAGUGCCCUCCCCAGCUGACAUCACUCAUCCCACUCCAGCCCCAGGCCCCUCUGCCCACGCUGCCCCCAGCGCCGCCAGCGCCCUGACCCCCGGACCUGCCAAUGCCGCUGCCGACGUCGCAGCUUCCUCCGUUGUCAAGGGCGGGGCUUAGAGCUCAACCCAGACACCUGCAGGUGCCGGAAGCUGCGAAGGUGACACACUGCUUUGCAGCUGCGGGGAAAAGAGAAGCGCCCAGCCCCCAAGUCCUCAACCUGGGCAGCAGUUGCUCUAGGACCUGGCCUGUCGGGGGCUUUCCUGUCACCCCUGUGUCACUCCACAGCUGCCAUCCAGCCGGUGGGCACAGCUGGACGAGGAGACGGAGGCGGCAAGAGGGGUCAUGUGCCAACGGGGGGAGCGGGGGUCUUGCUCAGUCAUAACCGCCCUGUGCACAGGAGCAUCUUACACCUGCUUCCCUUCUGCUUGCUGAGAAGAGCCUGAUCCUCUGAAAGUCACGGGCUUGGGGACAAGAACUGUGACUCCCAACCCUGAUAAAGAGAUGGAAGGAGC